ACUGAAAAUGACUCCCAAGAAGACUGCCGCUCCCUUCCUAUGGGUUUCCUUGUGCUUUGGGAAUGUUCUUGAGGCGGUGGUGCUGGGAUCGGCGCUGUAUCCAUCUGAUAACGGGCUCCACUCACAUCUGGAUGCGCGCGGUCCUGCAGGAACCAGCGCGAGCUCCCGGAACGAGUCCACAUCUGUUCAUGUUCCGUCUUACAUGAUCUCUCUGUACAGGACUCUGUCUGAACUGGACCGACGGGCUGGCAACGGCAGCCACCCGCGCUCCAGGAGAUAUGCCAACACGGUCACCAGCUUCAUGGAUCUGGGGCAAGAUGAACCUUCACUUAUGUUCCAGCAGCAGUACACAUUCAACCUGUCUGGUCUCUCCCGACUGGAUGAACUGAUGGAAGUGGAGUUGCGGGUUCUGAGGAAGCCACCGCAAGAUGUCUUAAACUUACUCUCUAAUGGUGGGAACCUGUAUCGUCUACUUCUUCACACCUGCUCGCUCCCAGGAUCUCCUCACCAACCUUUGCUUCUCAGCUCCAGGACCAUUGAUCUUCUAGAUACCUCUUCAGCUACAUGGGAUGUGUUUGAUGUCAGCCCAAGCAUAAAGACCCACCUCAAGCUGCACAGGACUGCAGAAGACACCAGGUUGUUGUGCUUCAGCAUAUCUGCUGUUUCUGAUUCAAAUAACGAGGCUGUGCAUCCUGGGAUGCUGGGUCUGAGCCGUGAGGAUCAGCAGACCCAUGAAAGAGCCUUACUGGUAGCGUUUUCUCAAGCACGGAGGAAGGAGAACCUCUUUAGGGAGAUCCGUGAGAAGAUAAGGGCCAUGAAAAGUCGGAGGUUUCCUAAUCCCAUACCACAGCAUAGUAUCAAAGGUCAUCCGAGGCAUCGGCGGAGGAGAAGGACAGCACUAGCAGGCCGUCCUGGAGUAGGACCUAUUACCAGCGGAGGAAAGGGAGGUGGAAGGCGGAGGACACGCUGCAGCCGGAAACCGCUUCAUGUAAACUUCAAAGAACUUGGUUGGGACGACUGGAUUAUUGCACCGCUGGAUUAUGAAGCAUAUCACUGUGAGGGUUUGUGUGACUUCCCUUUGCGCUCACACCUGGAACCAACCAACCAUGCCAUUAUUCAGACCCUCAUGAACUCCAUGGACCCGGAGUCCACCCCUCCCAGCUGUUGUGUACCCUCAAAACUCAGUCCCAUCAGCAUUCUGUACAUUGACUCGGGGAAUAAUGUGGUUUAUAAACAGUACGAGGACAUGGUGGUGGAGAGUUGUGGGUGCAGGUAGCAAUGUGAGCAAGGGGUGAGCGACCCCUGGACACUAUCCGAAAGCCUCAUGAGCGGAGGCAGAGCACAGCAUUGUGGUCAAGACGAAGCAGUCGGAGCUGGUGUAAAUGUGUGACAACGAGCAUGUGUGUAUGUUCAGAUGGCGAUAAGACAAUGAGUUGUGUUUUAGAAGCAAGUGGAGGACAUGUGUGCAGAGCAGCUCCAAAUUCCCUUUACAACACCAAAUAAACAACUCCUCAAUGGAAAAAUGAGUGAAAACCUGGGCUUUCCAGAAAUUAUUUUACAUCCUGUUAAUGUAAACUCAGUGAUAGAGUGUUGAAGUAUCCUUGCAGCAGCGGUAGAAAUGUUGGCCCUGUUAAACUCUGUCAGAGUCUGGGAAUCUGUCAGCGACAGCACACAACUAUAACUUGUAUAACAGUAAAGGUGCUUUGCAUGACAGUCAGCUUAUAUUCAAGAAGAAAUAGCUCGGAGAAGUUUGUAAUGCCUCUCUGAGGAGUCUAGUGGUCCUAAUCAGAUAUGGCAUUGACUGAGCACUUUUCACUCCAAAGUUUUCCUGGUUAGCAUGACUUCAUUAGCCCCUGUUGGUAGAUGUCGUAACUACAACAUGUCGUAACUCCACCGUGGCUCUUAGUUGAAUUCUAUUCAAAAUAGCACCGGAGUUUUAUGAGUCAACUGAUUGGCACAAAAACUGGGGGCAGGAAUGAGCCCAAGAAUAAAUCUGAGAGAUUUGCAAACACAAUCUUCAGAAUCUCCUGUGUCAUACUCACCAACAGCUUUCGUAUUCCUCCAUGCCGUAUGUUUUUGAAGCUUUAGAGGCUAACCACCAAUCUCAGAUGUUCAAAAGUUCUUAUCAGAUUUCUUAAAACUUCACAACUUUGUUUAGCUCAUCAUUUUCUAUUCUAGAAAUAACCUCUUCACUGCUAAAAUUAAGCUGUUUAAUGAGAAAGAGAAAGGCGUUUUAUGAAAAAUAAAAUGAUGAUGACACCACAUUUGGCUUGGGUCAGAUGAUAAAGCUGCACUAUAGUACAUGAUGUGUGCAAUAUGUGAAAGAUAAAUGACUUCAUUGCAUCGAGUGACCUAAGACCUUUUUUUGUGAAUCGCUCAGUGAAGCCAAAAUCAAAAUGAUUGUUUUGUUUUAUCUCAACACCAGAUUUGGAGAUCUACUUUCAG